CCUUCUCCCACCAGCGCGGCCCCCCUCUACCGGCUACGGCCACCGAGGCAACCCUUCCCUCUCCCUUCUCCCACCAGCGACGCCGCCCUGCGCGGUCCUCUUCUCACCGGUGACGGCUGGCCUUCCCCAGCGGCGACGCCGCCUCUGCGGGCUAGCACGUCAGCGCGCGCCGGUGCCCUCCAGGCACGCGUCUGCAGGGCCGGCACCCUCCUAGGGUUUAGCGGCUAAACCACCGCGGCUCCGAUUGACGUCGACUCGGACCCCGCCGCCACGAGCAAGCCUACCCAGAUGGACCUCGAGGAACAGACGGACGCGAAGGGAAAGGGGAAAGCAGAGGAGGGGAGCAUGAAGAGCGAGGAGCUCGCGGACUCCAUCGGGGGCCUCUCCAUUGGCCCGGGGCGCACCAAUUUCAAGAAGAAGCCCGUGAUCAUCAUCGUCAUCGGCAUGGCCGGGACGGGGAAGACGACCUUGAUGCACCGGCUGGUGUGCGAUAUGCAAGCCUCAAACAAGAGGGGCUAUGUCAUUAACCUUGACCCUGCGGUGAUGACACUGCCAUUCGGGGCCAACAUUGAUAUCCGCGACACCGUGCGGUACAAGGACGUGAUGAAGGAGUACAACCUUGGUCCCAAUGGUGGCAUCCUCACCUCGCUCAACCUUUUUGCCACCAAGUUCGAUGAGGUUGUGUCUGUCAUUGAAAGACGUGCAGAUCAACUGGAUUAUGUACUUGUGGACACUCCUGGGCAGAUUGAGAUCUUCACUUGGUCGGCUUCGGGAGCUAUCAUUACUGAAGCUUUUGCAUCAACAUUUCCAACGGUUGUUGCAUAUGUUGUCGACACACCCAGAUCAACAAGCCCUGUUACUUUUAUGAGCAAUAUGCUUUAUGCCUGCAGUAUUCUCUACAAAACCCGCCUCCCUCUAGUCCUGACAUUCAACAAGGUUGAUGUCGCCAAGCACGAGUUUGCUAUCGAAUGGAUGGAAGACUUUGAGGCGUUUCAGACAGCUUUGGAGUCGGACAAAUCUUAUUCCGCUACAUAUACCCGUAGCCUCUCUCUGGUCCUUGACGAAUUCUACAAGAAUCUACGCUCUGUUGGAGUAUCUGCGGUGGCUGGUACUGGAGUCAGUACAUUUUAUGAAGCUAUAGAAGCAAGCGCCAAGGAAUAUAUGGAAACCUACAGGGCUGAUCUUGACAAGAGGAUUGCUGAGAAGGAAAGAUUGGAGGCAGAACGCAGGAAGGAGAAUAUGGAAAAAUUGCAGAGAGAUAUGAUGAAAUCUAAAGGACAAACUGUGGUGCUCAGCACUGGUUUGAAGGACAAAAAUCCUGCUUCAAGCAUGAUGGAUGAUGCUGAGGAUGAAGAAGAUGAGGAAUUUGAGGAGGAAUUCGAAAAGUCUGGGUUUAUUGUGGAUGAUGAAGACGAGGAAGAUGAAGGAGAAGAUGAGGAAGUGGCUCAUUUUGGCUUUUGAGUUAUGGUGUGAUUCUGCAUUGCAAUGAAUGGCAGAAUGGGAUCCCUGGGGUGUUCCUGAAGACUAUGAAUGCGAGGUGAUUGAAGAUGACACCCCAAUCCUUAAGCAUGUUCCUCAGCACCGGCCUGUUGCUCUUACUGAGGAGUUCUUCAAGAUACUUGAUGCCGUCAAAUCCGAUCCUGCUCUGCAGGGUGAUGCUCCUCCACAAGUGAAGGCAUAAAGUUGGGCAGUCUUCACGAUUGUGGCAUUUCACAUAGUGCUGCGCUGAGUAGAGACUAGUUUCUUGUGUCAUUUGCCAGCAAUGUGCUUGUUGUUCCAAGCAGAACAAAUUUCUGGUGAGUACUAUCAAACCCGGAGCAGUAGUUGUAGAUCGGCAGAGGCUGGGGUGGCAGCGGCUGCUGGAGGUUGGGGAGGAAGUACGGCGGCAGGCUGUUGCUCGACUGCUGGGACUGGGAGAAUGAAGGAGCGCUGAGAGAGCGACCUGGCCUUGUGCCUCUGGAGCUGGCUUCCGAUCCAGCCGCCUCCCGGGGCCAAGGAUGGGGAUGUCGCGCUGAGCGGAUUUCUCGCAGGUUGUACCGGCUGGGCUCUGAGCAUGAUUCAGUGCCGCGAUGCCAUACGCC